GGAAAAUAUUCUAAAACUUUCUCGAAUAUUCUAGAGCCUAGCUCUCUGAAUAUAUAAGAGCCCGGUGUCGCCCGCCAGAGUCAGUUCGAUUUGAACAGUGAAACAAGCGAUUUCGAAACGAGAAGGAAAGAAGUUAUCUGUGAGCCUUUAUUUUGAAGUAUCACGUGUGAGUAUUUUUAAUAGUGUGUAUAAUAAUUUUCCAUUUUGAAGCGAAGAAGAAAAAAGUUGUCUGUGAGCCUUUACUGUGAAAUAUCAAAUGUGAGUAUUUUAAUAGUGUGUUUAAUUAAUUCUAAUAGAUUUCUUUUCUUUUAAUUGUAAUACAUCGCACUGGCACUAGCAUCAUCCGGCAUUGCAUCCACACUUAUGGAAGGAGGACGAACUGCCCAUUCUGCCUUACAACUACCGUUGAAUAUAGCCGAACAACAAUUCCCGGUAUGUAAAAUCUCAGGAAAAUCUGGACGAGGUCAACUUCUAAAACAAGCUAAAAUUAUCAUCUGGGAUGAAUGCACCAUGGCCCAUAAAAAAUCACUAGAAGCCAUGGACAGAACAUUACAAGAAUUGCGAAAAAACUCUGAAAUAAUGGGAGGAGCUCUACUCAUACUCUCAGGAGACUUUCGACAAACACUUCCAGUUAUUCCCAAGUCAACACCAGCAGACGAGAUCAAUGCAUGCUUAAAAAAGUCACAUCUCUGGCCACAAGUACAAAUACUGCAAUUAACAAAAAACAUGAGAGUUGAAUUAUCAAAAGAUGAAACAACAGCAUGUUUUGCUAAAAUACUUUUACAAAUAGGCGAAGGUACAUAUCCUACUGAUCAAACGAGCGGCCUCAUAGAACUCAAUAGUGAUUUCUGUAACGUAGCCACCACUGAAAACGAACUAAUCGACAAAAUUUAUCCAAAUAUUAUUCAGAACUAUACCAACGUAGAGUGGUUAUUUCAAAGAGCGAUUUUGGCCACUAAAAAUAAUAUUGUUGACGAUAUCAAUUUUAAUAUUCUAAAGAAUAUACCUGGUGAAGAGAAAAUAUAUAAAUCAAUCGACACGAUGGUAUCCAUUGAAGAAAGUGUCAACUUCCCUACUGAAUUUCUAAACUCUUUACAAGUACCAGGAAUGCCAUUACACUGCCUUCGUCUGAAAGUUGGAUCUCCAAUCAUACUACUCAGAAAUCUAAACUCCCCAAAACUAUGUAAUGGAACGAGGAUGAUCGUAAAACAGUUAUCGAAUAAUAUCAUUGAAGCUGAACUUAUUUCUGGAAAGUGCAAAGGACACACAGUAUUUAUACCUAGAAUACCACUGAUCUCUUCUGAAUUGCCAUUUCAAUUUAAAAGAUUGCAGUUUCCAAUUAAAUUAGCCUUCAGUUUCACGAUUAACAAAGCGCAAGGGCAAACUUUAAAAUAUUGUGGCAUCAACCUCAAAGAAUCCUGCUUUUCACACGGUUAGCUAUAUGUAGCUUGC